CCUCACACCCUCAUCUGAAUCCCCUCCCGUGUUGCCCUCCCUCGCUGAUUAGGACCCUGGGUUAUGAUCAUCAUGUGAAUUUGCCUUUUCUACCUCAGAAAUUCCCUGGAGUUGGACACCUCUCGACAGACAGAGCCUGUUCUGGCACUUCUCAGGGACUCGGGCUUCCUUCCUGGAGUCCAAAGACCACAGGUGUGGCUUCCUCAAAGCCUGCUUCCUGGCUCUCAGGCCACCUGAUCACCAGUAGGUCUCUGCCUGAGGCGCUGGCAGAGAAGCCAAACAGAGCUCCCUCCAACAUUAGUGGACCACUGGCUCAAGCAUCAGACUCCUUGGGGGACCAAACACCAGGCGGCACUGGCAACCAGGAAGCUGCCCUCAGCAGUGUCACCAUGUCCCGGCCCAGCAGCAGAGCCAUCUACUUGCACCGGAAGGAAUAUUCCCAGAGUAUGGCCUCAGAACCUACCCUCCUACAGCACAGGGUGGAGCAUCUGAUGACAUGUAAGCUGGGGACACAGAGAGUCCGGGAGCCAAAGGAUGCCCUACAGAAGCUUCAGGAGAUGGAUGCCCAGGGCCGAGUGUGGAGUCAAGACCUGUUCCUGCAGGUCAGAGAUGGCUGGCUCCAUCUGCUGGACAUUGAGACUAAGGAGGAACUGGAUUCUUACCGCCUGGACAACAUCAAGGCCAUAGACGUAGCCCUUAACACCUGCUCCUAUAACUCCAUCUUAUCUGUCACUGUGCAGGAGUCUGGCUUGCCAGGCAUCAGCACUUUGCUGUUCCAAUGCCAGGAAGUGGGGGCAGAGCAGCUGAGGACAAGCCUGCAGAAGGCCCUGGAAGAAGAGCUAGAAGAAAGACCUCGAUUUGGAGUCCAUCAUCCAAGCCAGGACAGAUGGAAGGGGCCUCCUCUGGAAAGGCCACUCCCUAUACAACAGGCACCCCCUCUGGAGCAGAGGUUCUCUCCAGAGCAUAGGUUUCCUCCAGAACAGCCACAUAACAUGACCUCAGAACGCAGCAUCUCGCCAUCCUCAAGGUCUCUGACACACUACCCAAGUGCCCGAGAACCCAAUGGCUUCACUCUGCCUCCUCCUCCGAGGCGUGCUCCCUCUCCCGAGGACCCAGAGAGGGAUGAGGAGGUGCUGAACCACGUCCUAAGAGACAUUGAGCUGUUUGCUGGAAAGCUGAAGGAGGUCCAGGCAAGAAACAGUCAUAAGAAGACAAAACUUGGGAGAAAAAAGAAAAAGUCUAAAAAUGGGAUAACACAAGCAGAGUACAUUGACUGCUUCCAGAAGAUCAAGUUGAGCUUCAACCUCUUGGGGAAGCUGGCUUUGCGGAUGCAGGAAACAAGCGCCCCUGAGUUCGUGGGCCUCAUCUUCCAAACCCUGAAAUUUAUCCUAUCUCAGUGCCCUGAGGCUGGCCUUCCAGCCAAAGUGAUUUCCCCCCUCCUCACCCCCAAAGCAAUAGACCUGCUGCAGUCCUGUCUAAGCCCACCCGAGGACACACUCUGGAAGUCACUAGGCACAUCCUGGACCACCAGCUGGGCUGACUGGACAGGCAGUGAACCGCCACCCUACCAACCCACAUUCUACGAUGGCUGGCAGAUUCCACAGCCCCGCUCCAUGAUGCCCAUAACAAACCAGGAUUCGAUUUCCCUCCGAGGUUCUAGGAUGAGGAGCAGCCUACAUUUCCCUCGGGAUGAGCCAUACAACCAUAACCCUGAAUACGAGGACUCAAACCUCCCACUCUCCAGCCCCAGCCCUGGCAGAGCAGCCCUGAAAAUGCAAGUCCUGUACGAGUUUGAAGCAAGGAAUGCCCAGGAACUGACUGUGGCACAGGGGGAGAUUCUGGAGGUUCUGGAUCAGAGCAAGCGAUGGUGGCUGGUGAAGAACGAAGCAGGACUGACUGGUUACAUUCCCAGCAAUAUCCUGGAGCCCCUGCCAGCUGGAGCCCCGAGAGGCCACCGACAACCAUCCUUUAGGGCCCCAAUGCUUCGCCUGAGCUCAAAGCCUGAGGAGGUCACAGCCUGGCUACAAGCAGAGAACUUCUCCACUGUCACUGUAAGGACCCUCGGGUCCCUAAUGGGAAGCCAGCUACUUCACAUGAGACCUGGGGAGCUGCAGAUGCUGUGUCCACAGGAGGCUCCACGGAUCCAGGCCCGGCUGGACGCUGUCAGAAGGAUGCUGGGGGUGAGGAAGCUCUGGGAUCCUGACUCCUAUUCAGAGGAAUUUAAUUCUCCUGGGGUGAGAAAGGGAGAGCUGGGGACACUAGGCAUGGGCUAUUCCUCUGGGGACUCAGCUCCAUCCGUUCAGGUGUGUCUUGAAGUUCUAAUCGCAUUGGUGAUAUAAACUCUGGGGAGUCCCUCACUAGGAACCAGCCCCAUCUGAAUUGUUUUCUCCCUUCAGAUGACUCAUUAGAGACCAGCUCGAAUACCUCUAAGACCAAGGACCUCUCAUGUGCAAGAUGGAGUAUUUGGUACCCAGUUAGAGCCCCUGGAAGUCCUCUUUCAGUUAGUGGCAAGCCACAUAUCCUGGAUCACAAAGCAAAGAAGAUGAACAGGUCCAGACACUGAGGCAAAUGGUACCUCAUUGGGUUGGAGACCCUCACCGGUUACUAUUUAUUUUACCCCACACCCUAAGUUGGCAUACUUAUUCCCAGUCUUACUCCUGAUCUCUUUAGUCCCAAUCCUGCCAAUAAAAAGCAUCGUUUAACUUGU